CACCACCACAUCCAGCUUGGGUGUUCCUGAGAGGGAUUCUGGAGGUGGGGUUCUAGUGCUCAUAGUGCGUUAGAAUGGGUGGGUAGGGCUGGGGAUAUAGCUCAGUGGCAUAAGUGCCUGCCUGGCAAGCGCAAGGUCCUGAGUUUGAUUCCCAGUACCAAAAAAAGAAAAAAAAGAAUGGGUGGGUGUGGCUGGCCCCAAUGAGAAAGACCCCAUCUCAGCAGACUGGUGGCAGCUGACAGGUCCACGGGCAUGGGUAGCACCGGGCAAGCCCCAUCUACUCUCACCUACCUAUGAAGGGUUCUUCUUGAGCCAGCAGUGGGCCAGGCAGGUGACCUCAGCAUCUCUCCAGUCUCAAGCCCUGUGUCAGCUUCCGGUACCUAAGAGCCCAUCGUUCUCAGGCUAAAGGACUCUGCUGGGUUUGUGGCCUGAGCCAAGAAUGCUGCUAGCAAGCAGAGGUGGUCCUGGAGCUGGGACAGAAAGCACUCGGCACAGGCUCUGUGCCACCAGCAGGGAGGGCUCCAGCCAGCUGCUCUCGUCCUGUGGGGGAGACGCCACGUAGGGCCCUUGCUGUCCAGCCAAAGGACUGGCUCCUUUUCUGUAGCUGAUCUGUGCUGGCUGAGGGGCUCCCUGGAGUGCACUGGGUGGGCGUCGGGGGACUCUGUAGCGACCUUUGAGGGGAAAAACAGGAAGGCAGGGUUACCGCCUGGGGUCUUCCUGCACCAGGGAGGGCUGAGCCAAAACUGUCUGCUACACACUCCUCUUCCCAUUAACUGUAACUGCCAAAGCAGGGCUUCCCCACUCCUAAGGCUGGAAAGAGGCCUGGGAGGAGACGAGGCUACAGCCAGCCCCACCCUCGCGCCUGACACGCACAGCAGAGCUGGAGCAGCCGGUGGAAAGCUGGGAGUGGUGUGUGGCUGGCAGAUAAGGGGCCAGAGCUGCUGGACUGAGAGAGACUGAGGACGUGGUGGGCAUGGCCGGGGCGCUGCGGGGCCUGCUUCACCUGGUGGCUGCCAUCUGUCUCCUCCCUGGGGUGACUGUGACCCCACACCUUGCAGGGCAGUCCGUGGACAGCGCCAGCAUGGGAGGUGGCCUGCAGGAGCCAGAGGCCCCGGAAGUGAUGUUUGAGUUGCUCUGGGUCGGGCUGGAGCUGAACGUCACAGGGCAGCUGCACAUCUUGGACGAGGAACUGGCAUCCACACGGCCAGGACGCCGCCUCCAGCUCCUCCUGCAGCAGCUCACGCCCAGGGACUUGGAGGGUGCUGAGCGGCGGCUGCAGCAGCUCCAGGCCCUGCGGGAGGGGCCUCCCCUCAGCCCUUGGGACUUCCAGCAGCUGCUCCUCACAGGCCUGUCCUGCAUCUACCGGCUGCAUGCGGCCAGUGAGGCUGAGGAGAGGGUUCGCUGGGCACACGUCUUCACCCUGCUGACACAGGAAGUGCUCUGGGACCUGUGCAAGGACUUCUGUCCCCAGGGCCAGCCCCCUUCCCUGGAGACCUGGGCCUCCAUCUUUGACCCUGUCCCCUGACCCCCCGCUUUCACCUGCCAUUUCCUCCUCCCCUCGAUCCGAGCUGGACCCGUCCUGGGCAGGGCUCCCACGGACACCUGGCUCUGCCUACUCAGACCUCUGGGCUUGGCUUGCACCCUGGGAACCUCUACCCCGAUGCUUACCCCACCCUACCCUGCUCCCUGCACCCUGAAAGGCGCCGAGUCCAGGGCCUGGGUGCAGGUGGCAGGCACACAGCUAACGGCAGGGCCUGAAGACAGUGCGCCUGUGGGAGCCAGGCCUCGGGACUGAGAACGGUGUUUAAGUGAUGGAAACCGCCCCAAGCAAGCUCAGCGCUGACCCUGUGACUCCCGGCCGGCAGGCAAUGGGGGAGGCCCUGUGGGAUCCCAGCACCCAGUCCUCAUCUCCACAGCCCCUUCAAGCCUGAGCAAGGCUCCGCCCCGCUCCCCACCCCCGGGCCCAGCGCCCCAGCCGGCCAGAGCGCAGACUGGGCUGCCCAAGUGUCUGUCCGUGGAGGGGAGGAAAGCAGGUGGAAGAACAUUAUGUCUUUGGGGAGGGAGGAAAAAAUGACUUUGGUUCCAUGUCAACAAGCCUCCAAAGAGCGUGUCUGCCAGAAUGGGGCCGGAAGGGGACCCACCAUUCGGACCAGCUGCGGGAGGCUGGCUGGGUGGAGCCCUGCCUGUGUAGCUCUUCCCAUAAAGGACUGCUCUG